GAGACGAAGGAACAGUCCAGAUUCCAGAACCUGCUUAGCCUCCAUUGUACUAUCUCUCGAAGAAGGCGGUAAGCAGCCAUUGGCCAGUCGCCGCCCAUGCCUGCGGCGCCGGGGACCGGCUCCGGCUGCCUGGGCGCGCCGGCGCAGGCCCCCUCGGGCUCGCUCGCCGGGGUUCAAGGCGCCCCGCGGCUGCUGGGCGUAUCGAAGCCGUCAUGGAUCGUCCGCACUGAGUCAAACGUGAGGAGGGAGAGGCCAAAGCGACCAGAUCCUCCUUGCACCAUCUGCAAAGGCACAGGGAGAAUAGACUGCCGAAACUGUUUCGGCCGAGGCAGAACUAACCAUGCUGAGCUUGUCAUGCUUCCGAAGGGCGAAUGGCCACACUGGUGCCGAAUUUGUGGUGGCAGUGGAUUAGACUACUGCUUCCGGUGUCAUGGAACAGGUGAAUAUCGAGAACCAAUGGGCUUCCACUUCACGGUUAAAAGCGCACCCUGCAUUUAUAAACCCAUGCCCCUGGAUCUCAAGAACCGAGCUGUUUGCUGCCGUUGGCGAGAUCGAUCGGCACGACAGAUGACGAUGGCGAUGGCGACGACUUCACCAACGAGGGGCGAUCUCUUCCUCGGCCCCCACGCCGACCGCUACAUCGUCGAGUGGAUCACCGGGCUGAACCUGCUGUGGAGGAAGCAGCUGAGGCGGCGUGAGGCCAUGAGGCCGCAGGGCCCGGCGUCGAACGAGGCCCUGGCGAACGUCUUCCAGCGGCUGCCGCCCAGGUCUGUCGCCGCCUGCCGCGCCGUGUGCCUCCGCUGGUCCGUGCUCCUCUCCUCGCCCCGGCUCGCGUCACUCGCCCACGUCGACGACGACGACGCCGCCGGCUCCUCCACGUGCUUCUUCGCUGGCCGCGACGACGGUGUCAGAGCAGGCCAGGGCCGACGCCAACGGCGGCGCGCCGCCGAUACCACGCCAGCGGCGGCGACUUCGUUCCCGCCGCUGCCCAAGCAUCAGUACCGGCGAACUAAGAAGCAGCAAGGGUACCGGCGCAUGUUCUGACGGUCGUGUUCGCGUGUUGUAAGAUUUUGCGUCGU